CUAGUCCCUGACAAGGUCUAGUUCCUGGUUUCUCCUUUCCCAAGCAAACGCAGAAAAGAAGUGGAACUCGGUCCAUUCUAGCUCAGUACUCAAUUAAUCGACUCACCCAUGGACGUGCAAGAAGGAACUCAGCAGUCACAGCAACUCGUCCUAGCGCACAACGUCUUCCUCCUCAAGCACCCAGACGUCCCUGACAUCGAGAAGGUCAGCCUCAAGGAUGAGGUCCUGAACUCGGUCAAAUCAAACGAUAUGACUCCAUAUUACGAAACCCUAGUUGCUGAUAAAGUGGUGGAGCUGGAUCAGAGCGUUUUGGACUCGAUGCGUGCCAAGAACGUGGACGAGAUUAAGAAACUUGAUGAGAAGAUUGCUGAUGCUGAAGAAAACUUGGGUGAAAGUGAAGUUCGAGAAGCGCACUUAGCUAAAUCCUUAUAUUACAUUCAGAUAGGUGAAAAGGAGAAAGCAUUGGAGCAACUGAAGGUGACUGAAAGCAAGACAGUUGCUGUUGGGCAAAAGAUGGACUUGGUGUUCUGCACUUUGCAGAUUGGAUUUUUCUACAUGGAUUUUGAUCUUAUUUCAAAGAGCAUAGAUAAAGCGAAAAACUUGUUUGAAGAAGGAGGUGACUGGGAAAGGAAGAACCGUUUGAAGGUGUAUGAAGGCUUGUACUGCAUGUCCACUAGAAAUUUUAAGAAGGCUGCCAAUCUGUUUUUGGAUUCCAUUUCAACCUUCACAACUUAUGAACUUUUCCCUUAUGACACAUUCAUAUUUUAUACUGUGCUUACAAGCAUCAUAUCAUUGGAUAGAGUUUCCCUGAAACAAAAGGUAGUUGAUGCUCCUGAGAUCUUGACCGUGAUUGGAAAAAUUCCCUAUCUUUCAGAAUUUUUGAACUCUUUAUAUGAUUGCCAGUACAAAUCAUUCUUCUUAGCAUUCGCUGGCCUGACAGAGCAGAUAAAAUUGGAUCGGUAUUUGCAUCCACACUUCCGGUUUUACAUGAGGGAGGUCAGAACUGUUGUUUACUCUCAAUUUCUGGAAUCCUACAAGAGUGUUACAAUUGAAGCCAUGGCAAAGGCUUUUGGGGUGACAGUGGAGUUCAUCGAUUUGGAGCUGUCACGAUUUAUUGCUGCUGGGAAGCUUCAUUGCAAGAUUGACAAGGUUGCUGGUGUUCUUGAAACUAACCGCCCUGAUGCGAAGAAUGCUCUCUACCAGGCAACUAUUAAACAAGGAGACUUCUUAUUAAACCGGAUCCAGAAGUUGUCUCGCGUCAUUGAUCUAUGAAGUAGUUAGGCAUUUCUUCUGAUUUAGAAAUGGAUGAUAACCAAUGAUCUCAAGUUUGAAAGCAAUAUGGAACAUAGAGUAAUGCUUUUGGAUGUGUUUUUUGAUUUUAUGAUUGUGAUCCUAUAUUCCUUUCUUUCCUGCUACCGUUUUUUUCACUUUUAGGCCAAUGAAUUUAAUGCUACUGAGUUCUUGUCUUUCCAGUUUCCAAAAUUUCAAACGUUUUUGCUA